AUGACUAAAAAUCUGGCUGCCAAGCUAGGUUUGAAGAACAUUUUUGCCAAGACUGAAGAGAGGCCUACUCCUAAAGAGGUCUAUAAUUGGCGUGUUUACGGCACCGCGUUGGUCGCAUCUACCGCGAGUGUAUUAAUUGGUUAUGAUACCGGGUUUGUUGGUGGGUGCUUUGCUAAUGAGUACUUCUUGAAGAAUUUCGACUUGGCCGACGACACUUCGAAGGCAGACACAACAGUUUCAAACGUCAUUUCAUGCUUCCAUGCUGCCGCUUUCUUUGGAGCUUUAUUUUCAUAUCCCAUGUCUCAUUACUGGGGACGCAAAGUUUCUUUGUCCAUCGCAGCAGGUAUAGCCGCCAUUGGUGCUGCCAUCAUGCUGGCCAGCGUCAAUGGAAACUUGGCUCCAUUAUAUAUAGGCCGAGUAAUGACCGGCUUAACUGUUGGUGCUUCGACCAAUUUGACUGUGGUAUAUUUAAGUGAAGUUUCUCCUGCACCAAUUCGAGGUCAAAUUAUUGCCCUGUAUGAAGUUGGUUGGAGAGUCGGUGAUUUAAUUGGAUUUUGGAUCAACUAUGGUGUAACUCAACACAUUCCAGGAGGAAAUCAACAAUGGGUCAUCCCAAUGGGGGUUCAACUAAUUCCUGCAGGGAUGUUUUUCAUUGGCUCCUUCAUCAUGAAAGAAUCACCAAGAUGGCUUUUCCAGGUCAAUCGUGACCAGGAGGCAAUCGAAAACCUUCGAUUCCUAAGACAAUUACCCGAAGAUCAUGAAUACAUGAUAUGGGAAAUUAGCACGAUUAGAGAUUCAGUGGAAGAGCAAAACGCUACUAUUGGACCAGGUUUAUUCGAUCCUGCCAAGGAAGUUUUUGUAAAGAAUACGAAAUACUUUAAAAGGCUUGGCAUAACAUGCAUGCUUUUUAUUUUUCAGAACUUCAUGGGAAUUCAAUCCAUUAAUUAUUACUCUCCAAAAAUCUUCGAAAGUGUUGGCGUGAAAGGCACUAACGCGACUCUAUUUUCUUCAGGCAUGUUCGGUGUUGUGAAGUUCAUUUGUACCUUCAUUUACAUCUUGUUCAUCGUUGAUAAUUAUGGAAGACGGAAAGCUUUUAUGGCUUCGGCGGGAAUGUGCUCCAUCUGCUUUUGGUAUGUUGGAGCCUAUCUUAAGAUUAAUGAUCCAACAAAGCCUGGAGUAUCGCCCGGUCCCGGAGGUAAGGCUGCGAUCGGUUUCAUGUUUAUCUGGACCGCGUCAUUCAUCUUGGCAUGGUCCGGAGGGCCAUUUGUAUGGGGUGCAGAAGUCUAUGAGCAAAACAUUAGAACGUUCGUCCAAUCCAUCAAUGCUGCAAUUUCUUGGGUACCAAUUUUUAUCAUGACGAGGUUAACAACUGAAAUGAUAAAUUCUAUGAAGUAUGGUAUUUUUCUAUUUUUUGCAAGCAUCGCUGCCAUUGCCGUUCCAUUUGUAUAUUUCUUUGUUCCCGAAACCAAAGGGAUUGCAUUGGAAGAUAUCGACAAACUCUUCGAGAAAGGUUUGUCUGCCCACCGUGCCCACAAGCAUGUUAUGUCUCAAUCAAAGCCUAUGAUCGAAUUGAGAGAUGGAUCACAAUUCUUCGCUGAAGAACCAAAGAAGAACAAGGAUGAGCAGAUCGAAGACACCCGAUUCUCUGAACAAAGCUCUCAGAAGGUAUAA